CCAUCAAAUGUGCAAAAGGUAGACCAACCAUCUUUGAGUGUCCUGCUGGUUUUGUUUAUACUGCACAAGCAUUUAAAUUCGAGCUAGUUGACACUGCAAAGACGAAAAGUUCUUCCUAACAACAUAGUUGCAUUCCUAAAACCUCAAUGCCAUGAAUGUUCAAGAUCGACAACUGAAAAAAAAAGCAACUGGAAGAGAAAGAAAGCUAACCUCGAAUCAAUCUCUUGGCCUCCCUUUGAUACUCAUCCUGAUUCUCCAAUAAUGUGCCCCGACACCGCCGCCGCCAACCACCAUUUCGGUAAAGUGUUCUGCCUCCGAGCCAAGUACUUCUUCCAAUCAUUUUCCCCUACAGCACGACUCAGGGACGCCAAUGGAUUAUCCAAAACCCCAAACUUCUUCCUCUUCGACCUCACGCCAUCUCUUUCUAUCGCCACCGCCGCCGUCGCAACCACCACCUCUCUCCCCCCGAGACUCCGGUCUCUCCUCACGACAACCUUCUCCCGCCUAAACCCUACACUCCGCCUGAACGCGAGCCCCAGGCCAAUCAAAACCCUAACCGCCGAAACAAACACAAAUCGACACCAUGCUGUGAGUGAACGCUGCUGGGAUACUGAACGAUUUCGGCGGUGAAGACGCAGGACGGAGAGAGGAGGAGGCUCGGAUUGAGACCGGCGGAGGACGGAGAGAGGGAGGCACGAAUUGACUUACAGAAAAAAUCAGCGGGGGCUGUUGGCGGUGAAGACGGAGGAUGGAGAGAGGAGGAGGCUCGGAUUGACACCGGCGGAAGACGGAGAGAGGGAGGCUCGGAUUGAGUGGGAGAAAAAAUCAGCAGGCCCGUUGGCGGGUGAAGAUGGAGGAAGGAGAGAGGAGGAGGCUCGGAUUGACAACGGCGGAAGAUGGAGAGAGGGAGGCUCGGAUUGACUGGGAGCAGGCCCGUUGGACGUCGCAAUAGGAGCCGAGUCAAUUUUUUUUGUUCCGAAACUACCCCUCCGAGAAACGCUCCCGAGGCAGCAAAUUUGAAAUGGGGAAGCUGUUUUCCCCUUCAGCAUAUUAUAAGUAGAGUAGAUAGAUAGAUAGAUGGGCUAAUGCAUGCUUAAUAAAAGGAAAGGCUAAUUAAGAAGUGGGUUGGGCCAGAACUUAUUAUUUUCGUUCGAUAAUCUGAUUUAUGCAGGUGAUGCUCAGGUAGUGCUCAGGAAGAUUCAAGUGGCUCAACUAGAUUAUGCUCGUGGUGGGACAAUUCUGCAUGAGAUUUGUGACCUUCGAGAUUUAUUUGAGUGUUUGAGACUCUGUUUGUUGGUCGUUAGUGUAAUAGGAUUGUCCAUUUGGUGGACAAAAGAUUAUUUCAUUGAUCCCUUCGAUUGUAGGGUUCAACCUUAUUUCUGGGUUGUUUUCAACUACAUAACUUCUCUGUAUUUAUUUGUUUCUCGUUAAUACGAGCGAUCUUGUGCUAAAAAAAUAACUUUUUUUUGGUCAAAAUCAUUACGAGCCGUCCACAGCCCAUCCAUGCAUUUAAACAUUGGGUUAAUACCUUAGUUUGGCCCGAACAAUAGACAAACUUUCUACUUUGGCCCGUGGUAUCAGAAAUUGCUAUUCUGGCCUAAACUAUGUAGCAUACUUUCUUAUUUGGCCGGAUGCGGGUUUGACCAUCAAAUUAGACGGUCAACCGAGUUGAUCGUUAGACAAGGUCCACCUCACUUGCCACAUCAGCUUUUCGGGAAUAAAAAAUUAAUUUUGUA